UGCUCGUGACAAUUCGGCAACUAUAAAACGCGGUAUAUCGCGAUUCAACAUAACGCGGUUUAGUUUUACGUAGUAAGUACCAGUGAUGCUGAGAGUCCCUGAUGUAUGAGACUCAAAGUAUCUUCCACUUGAUUCGUGUGUACCUCAGGAAAUCCUCCGCUCCAUCUAAUCAUCUCUCGUUAAAUGUCAAACUGCUCCUCGCUUUAUCAAGUGUCAUUAAACGUCAGACGGUGAUAAAAGUCAUCACCGUCACUUUACAACAAUUUACUUGACCCAACGAUGACACCAUGAGUAUUAAUCAUAAAUAUACUUCAAUCAUCACUUAUCUUAUAUUUCUUUCAUCUCUUAUCGCUGUCAAUUGACAAUUACAUAUUGUGCUGGACUUAAAAAAUUUUUUUAAAAAUCAUGUGAACCAGUGUUGAUUUUGAUAAUAAAAAAUUUUGAAAAAUGAAUGGUGAAAAUGAAUUGUUUUAAUUAAUAUGAUACUUUGUAUAAGUAUAAGUGAUUAUAAGAGUAAUAAAAUGUUUGUAAUUAAAGUGAAGUAAUUAUCAUCAUUUAAAUUCUGCCAUUUAAUUCAAGUUGGAAAUUUGUCGGGAUUAAAAGACAGAUGUAACCCUGAAUUGGAUUUAAGGGUGGGAAGGUCGGAAGGGUUUACACAAAAGUUUUGUUACUUUCCAAGUUGACGGAAAUAAAUGUAAUAGAAUAAAAUAAAUUUAUAUAGAUGCAUACAUAUAUAUGCAUGUAUGUAUUUAUACUAUCGUGGAUAAGAGAGAAAUAAGAGAGUAAAACUUACCUCGUUUAAUGCAAGCUACGACGUCUAAUUUAACGGUAACCCGCGGUGUUAUUUAUAUAUCACGCGUCUUCAGUAUAUAUCUCAGCACUUUGAGACAGUGACAUCAAUUUUAAGUCUUUUAUUCAGUGUCUUGUGAAUUUUUUCAGUCUGAAAAAAAAAAUAUUUUUUUUAAUAAACUAUGUGUGGAAAAAUUUAAGUGCUAAUUUGUGCUUGAUUUUAUUUUAUUAUCAUUAUCACACUCUGAUAUGUACUUAAUACUUUGUUAAUUGAAUUAUAAUUUUGGACAAUGGACUCAGUGGAAUGAAAUGAAAGCAAUAGUUCAUGGGAUGAAAACAAAAUAAAAUUAAACAGAAAAAAAAAUCCGGCUAGAAAAACAGUGCAAUUUAAUCUUGAAAAUACGUGAAAGAAAAUUUAAAGACCGAGACUCAUUUAUUUUCUUUUGGAUCAGGACUGAGUUAGAAUAGAAGGACCAUUGAGGACAUGAAGGCUUCGCUAUUCUCAUGAGAGACGCUCUGUGGAAACGAAAGACGAAAAAAAAAAUUAAAGAACCUGGACACACGAUACCUCGGGGAGAUCACUAGUAGUUGCUGCAGAAGCGGCGGGACCGAAGAAAAUGGUGACGUAAGUGCUGGUAUGCAAGUUCUAGUGGCUGAAGAACGAGUAGUAGGUACUGUAGAAAAGACAAGAUUUAGUUGGUAAACAAUGGACUUGAGCUCGGUGCUGGUGAAUGUCACCACCAACUCACCACCCUCGCCAGCGGUAUCGCCAACGGUCAACUACUUCACUGAAUCGGACAGUACGAGUAGAAUUUCCGGUGAGACAAUUGCUAACGUUACCCUGGAGUGUAAAGCUCAGCUGAACGACGGCGCACUUUACGAGUUUAUCACCCUGGGCAUUCUGUUGAACGUCGUCGGAGUGUUUGGUCUGUUUGGGAAUAUUAUAUCCAUGAUAAUAUUAUCCAGACCGCAAAUGAAAUCGUCGAUAAAUUAUCUGCUUAUUGGACUUGCGAGAUGUGAUACUAUACUCAUUAUUACUUCAGUAUUGAUCCAUGGAUUGCCGGCAAUUUAUUCAUACACGGGUUUACUUUUUAACUACAAAUUCAAGACUUAUCCACGCAUCGUUAGAUAUCUGUACCCGCUAUCAUGUAUGGCUCAGAUGGUCACCGUUUAUUUAACGCUGACAGUCACAAUGGAACGUUACGUAGCAGUCUGUCAUCCACUUAAAGCACGAUCUUUUUGUACCUACGGACGUGCUAGACUCGCAGUACUUUGCAUAGUCAUUGUCUCCAUUCUUUAUAAUUUACCCAAAUUUUGGGAAGUUAAUCUAGAGGAAGAAAUUCACUGGAGAUAUAAUGUUACAGUAUACUGCGUGGUACCAGCUAUUUUGCGAUCCAGUGAUUUAUACAUCAAGAUAUACGUUAACUGGAUGUACUUCUUUGUUUACUACGCUUUUCCUUUCGUCAUGUUGGUGGUAUUCAACGUCGCUAUUUAUCGACGAGUAAGAAAAGCAAAUCGAGAUCUCCAACAGCUCUCGAGACACCAGAGACGAGAGAUAAAUCUCGCAACAAUGCUGCUGUGCGUUGUUAUCGUAUUUAUCGUUUGUAAUGUGCUUCCUUUGGUGUCGAAUGUCUUUGAGAUGUUUCGUAUUCCACCAGCUUGGUUGGUUCAAACCGGUAAUCUUCUUGUAACGAUAAACAGCAGCAUAAACUUUAUCGUUUAUGUUAUAUUCGGUAGAAAUUUCAAAAGACUUUUUAUUAGACUGUUCUGUAGCUCAAGAUUCUUUAGAGCUGGCCGAGAUAGCCCAGAAUUUCAAACUAACGACGAAUCAGUUGUUACUAAUAUGACAAAUAUCGAAUUGAAAAAUUCAAUAAGAAGAAAUCAUCUUCACAGAUCCAAUACGACCGUCGUAAGAGCUAAUAAUUUACACGUUAAUGGCAGUGGUAGAAGACAAAGUGUUAAAAUUCUUACGACGCGAGCUUCUAAUCCCGGUCCUUGUGUUUAUUAUCCUGCGAAUACGAGUCCAAGUGCGAAUCAAAAUCAAGUAUCAAUAAAUUAUGUACAGAAUGGAUGGAGUCAAAAAAAUAAUAUUGAGACCGUGAUCAAUUAAAAAUAUGUUGAUAUAAUUAAAAUAUAGUAAUUGAAUCGAAUUGAAUUAAAGUCUGCAGGGUUUGUAUUAUUGAAUUAUUGUUGUGGUUGGUUGGAAUUAAUUUCCGAGACAAAGACCAAUUUACUGUAGCGCUACAAGACACUUGAAUGAAGAAAAAACAUUUAAGAAACUUUUCUCGAUGUCCGCCUCGGGGUUUUUUAAAUGUUGAAAAAAAAUAUAAGAACUUGAAAGUUAUAUAUAUAAAAGCUAACGUUAUAAGAAAGAAGAAAAGUCGAAUCAUCUACAGAUGUCACGUACUUGCAAGUUUCCUACUCGCAAGCGAAUCCGAUUUCAUAUGACGCGGAAGUGAAGAAAUAUGCUCUGAAAAAUCUCUUCUACUUCCGCAGCACAUUUUUUUUUUAAAUUUUUAAUCUACCAUUUUGAAAUGAUAUUCAUGUACAUGUCAGAGAAAAUUAAAUUGUAUAUAUAUGAGAAGAAAUAUAGAUAGAAUUUAAAUAUUAUUUUAAUUUCAAUAUGAAAUUGUUACUAAAAAAGAAAAUUUAUGUACCUGAAGAACGAACGUUUUUCUCGCAAUGAAAAUGAAAAAUUUUAUGUAAUUUGACUAUGGGGUAGAUCCGGAAGUUAGGGUGGCCUAAGAUUUUCGGCUGACAUACCAGCGUCCAGUAGAUUUUUUACUAUCCAAUUUUUUUUCGUCGCGUGAAAAACGUUCCAGUCUUCAGGUACAUAAAAUUUGAUUAUAUUUUUGAGAAAGAAAAUAAAUUUUGACCAAUUAC